GUGGGCUUGAACUUGAACCCGCAACAACAAGAAUCAAUGUGAAGAAAACACAAUACGCGCUUUGUUAAAUCAAUCUCGUUUUUUGUGAUUUCAUGCGUUCAAUCUUCGUACGCAAUUAAACGAUUUAAAAUGUCUUCAACGAACAAGUUUUGUUGUUUUUUUGUGUUGACGCUUUUUUGGAUUUAUUUGGUACCUUGUGGAAGUUUUCAAGUUGAUGAGAAUAAGCAACUAAAAAAGCUAUUUGGACCGAAAUUUGGCAACUAUGGUAACCAGCCGCCGCCGAGGCACGACACACCAGCUUCAUCGUGCAGCUGCACUUGCGGCGAAAGAAACGAAAACAGCAGGAUUGUUGGGGGAAAGCCAACCCAACAAAACGAAUUUCCCUGGAUGGCGAGGUUGUCAUAUUUCAACCGAUUCUAUUGCGGCGGAAUGUUAAUAAACGAUCGUUACGUCUUGACAGCUGCCCAUUGCGUUAAAGGGUUUAUGUGGUUUAUGAUCAAGGUCACUUUUGGAGAACACGAUAGAUGCAACGACUCUAUACGACCCGAAUCCAGAUUCGUCCUGAGAGCUAUAGCGGGAGCUUUCAGCUUUCUGAACUUUGACAACGAUAUAGCUCUACUAAGACUCAAUGAUAGAGUACCUAUCACGCAAACUAUUAAGCCCAUAUGUCUUCCAAAAAUUAGAGAUGAUCUGUAUGUGGGCAAAAAAGCGAUUGCUUCAGGAUGGGGGACAUUAAAAGAGGACGGAAAACCGUCCUGUAUCUUGCAGGAAGUCGACGUUCCUGUAAUAAGUAAUGAAGAAUGCAGAAACACAAACUAUUCCGCUAAAAUGAUAUCGGAUAACAUGAUGUGUGCUGGGUACCCCCAAACAGGAAAAAAAGAUUCUUGUCAAGGGGACAGUGGGGGCCCUUUAAUCACAGAAAAGAAGGAUCAAAGAUAUGAAUUAAUUGGAGUUGUGUCAUGGGGAAACGGUUGUGCCAGACCGGGUUAUCCAGGAGUUUAUACAAGAGUAACAAGGUAUCUGGAUUGGAUUUUGGAGAAUUCCAAAGAUGGAUGUUUCUGUGAAGACUGAUUUAUUUAAAGAAAUUAAAACAAAAACGAAGAUAUAAAUUAAAACUAAACAUUGUCGUUGACAAGAUGUGAUACAUUUUAAAUAAAAAUUAAUUAAACUA